GGAGGAGGAGGAGGAGGAGGCUGACGAACACCCCGAGCUGAGCAUCAUAUGCGGAGAUGUUGAACUGAUCGCACGUCGGAAGGAAAGCAGCAGCGCGUGUUUCCGUUUAUAAUUCCUCCUCCUCGGGACGGAGGGGGGAUGCUAAAGCCGUUUAAACCCCUAAAGCCCUUCGAGCUCGCUGCGCUACUUCUACAGGGAUGCCUUCAUCCAGGAGAGGAGAGGAGAGAAGAGUGUGGGCCGCGCUGCUUCUCCUGGCUACACUCACCAUCAGCACCACUAUGGCAGCAAUGAGCCAGUGCCCCCGCAACCUGGACUGUGCCCGUGAAGGACGUCAUUUUUGCCAGCCUGGCUCGUCCCACUGUGGCCCCUGUCUGACUCCCCUCAUCGAGAACAAAAGAGGGAAGUGUGUGAUCAGGAGACGAAACCACAUCAAAGAAGUAGAUAUGCGUCCUGAACUAGAUGAAGAGAUCGACUUCCUUUCUUCAAUUAUAACCAAACACAGGGAGUCUGAUAUGAAACACACAGCACCCUCUCAGGCUGCCCCUCCGGUCAAAGAUGACUCGUCACAGCCGAGAAGUCACCACAGAGCGGAAUCCUCAGCCAGCUACGAUGUAGUUGGACAGCCUGUGACACACACUCUGACCACGCUGUCCACUACCACCAGCUCCAGUGCCACCAGCCCCAGUCCCAACACUGUCAGUCCUCUGAUAUCAGCCAUGCAGAGCGCUCCACUCAUUGUGCCCUACCCAUCUGAAGACCACUCUUAUAUCGUUACAGCAGGAGUCUGUCUUCUGCUGGCUUCAGUCACUUUGGUUUUGGUUGGAGUGUGCUGGGUGAGGAUGCAGAGAGGAACUCGUCUGGCGCAGAAAGUGGACUACCCAGCCUUCGGGGUGAUGAGCCCCCAUUCGUACGAUAGCGCAGCUUGCGGAGAUAAGAACCUGGCCCAGAGUGCUCAGAUGUACCACUAUCAGCACCAGAAACAGCAGAUGUUGUCGCUUAAGCAAAGAGAUGAACCCAAGAUCGCUGAAUCAGCAGCUACCUCUGAUGAGGAGAACGAGGAUGGAGAUUUCACUGUGUACGAAUGCCCUGGACUUGCCCCAACUGGCGAGAUGGAGGUGAAGAACCCUCUGUUUGACGACUCCACACUUCAUCUUCAUCUCGACCUACAAAAAAGCUACAACUGAACCAGGACUGUCCGUGCACAAUCACGUUUAAAACACAUCCACAAUCUUACGUCGAGGGCAAAUCCCAUCUCCAUGAAAAAGAGGACGGGAGCUGGGAGGUUCAAGGAGGGAAGAGGAGAAGAGGAGUCGGUCUGCAUUGGAUUUGACUUCACACAUAGUCAGCAAGGACAGCUUCGGUGGUCCUAGUCGCUUCGCAUUUUCAACCUUCCUCUCCAUCCGUUGUUCCGUUUAUUGACUGUUACGUUGUGUGUGUAGAAACUGGAAAUGAGUUUUAACAUAUCCGCCUAAACGAAUGAUUUGCCUUUAAACAAUACAGAAACAGCUAUAGCCCUGUACACACAUACUCUGUCCUGCAUGGAUUGAGUGUUUCUUCUAGUACUUACAGUCUACCUUUGAAGGAAAAAUAUGCAGACGGCGUUUUUCUAGCAGUAUGUCUUUGUUUUAUUUAUUUAUUUAAGAUUUAUUGAUUUUAUGAUGUGUUAAUGAUUUAUCUUAUUGACUUCUUUUUCACAUAACCUUUUGCUCUCCCUAGCCUUGUUGAAAUUGUGCACUUUCAGAAGUUACCAGUGUACCAUGGCCUUUACAGUAUAUGCACGAAUCAGUAUAAAACACAGACUGCAUGUCAGUUUCCUGUUUUCCACACCAUCCUCUCGCGUUGCAAAUCAGUUCCCAAAUCUAAUCCUUGUAUCCGAUUUCAUUCUGGAUUCUUAACUGGAAGGUUUCCUUAAGCUGAAAGGCUUUAUACUUUGCACGUUCAUUAUUUAUCUGUGCCCUCCAAGUGCAAGGUGGGGUUUAUUGGAACCAGCUCUGGGCUCAUAUUGAAGUUUCAUACAGUCAUUUAUGCAAAAAAAAAAAGUGAAGCGGGUAGCUUUAGGUCCCAGGUUCUGUCCUGUGCUUGAGGCACUGUGUGGAGUUUCACACAGUUUUUCUUUGAGAUUCCUUCAGUUUCUUCUGACCGCCCAAAAACAAGCCAAUAAAUAGACACUAAAUUAUUCUUAGUGUGCAUGUGUGUGCUCGGUAUCCUACAAUGUCCAGUUUUCCAAUGUUCACCAAUUAACCAUAACAAGAAUAAAGUGCAUACUGAAGAUGAAUAUAUAUUUAAAACAAGAGUCGAUCAAUGGGUAUGCCUCUACUACUGAUCCGUUUGUGAAUUUGUAUAACUCUUCUGUUGCAUUGGACAAAUCCAUCUGCCAAAGAUACACUACUGUUCAAAGGUCUUGCGUCAUCCCUCAGUUCUUCAUAUUAAAUUAAAUUAAAUGAUGUAAAGAAAUAAAAAUAAAAGUUUUACUGCUUCAGGCUGCAAGGAGUCUAAAGAUACUGGUUGUUUGUGCAACAACCUUGGCAGCAACCUCAUUUCCCCUCUUAUCUGUUCCAACCACUCAGCAUUCAGCAUCACUAGUAUACUAAUCACCGGCCUGAUCAUGUCUUCAUCUGCACCAGUUUCUCACUGGUUUAUGCCUAAAGUUUUUUUAUGAUUGAGUGAUCCAUAGGUCACUGAGUGGCUUAACAAACUGAAAACAUUCCUCUGAAACUAGGCAGGUACAGGAACUGGACUGAAAGCGAGAGCCAAAAGAUCAUUCAGGAAGCCUCAAGAGUGCAUUAAAAAAUACAAGAAAUUCUGGCUUUUCGGGAGCAAAAUAUGAAUAAUCAAGAGGCGGCGCAAGACUUUUGUACAGUACUGUACAAAUGUAAAUAGAUGGUCUCUUGAAUGGUGAAACAGAAAAGCAUAAAGAAGAGAAAAAAAUCAUGUUUUCGAUACCCAAACAUACCACAACCAUCCAGAGUGCUAGACUGAUAGUGAUUACUAAGUAGAAAGAAUGGCAUGCAUACUCUCUCCCCUGUUAAUUACUGCGGGCUCAAGUAUGCAGAAGAUCACCUCCGGGUUGUGUACACUGCCCUGUGACGAACAGCACUGUCAAGAAGGAAGAAUAGAAAGACUAAACCAAAAGUAAACACUGUCUGAUCAGGACCGGAGAUGUGUAUGAUCCCAGAGCUCAGGUCCAAUAUCAGGUCACUAUUCAGCCAUUGAAUCUGCCUUUUUCAUUCGUACAAAAUUGUAAAAACUGUGCAAGGGAAACUGAACUCGUGCAUAAAACGACUUGAUGCUUGAACAUAUCAAACACGACAUUGGAUUUAGAAAACACAAAAACACAGCCGUACGCUCACCUUACAAGUGAUUCGCUGUAUGUACCGAAAAAGCCACACUAUAUGAUUUAUAGACGUCAUGAUGUUCCUUUCUACCAAAGUAGAGUCAGUGAUGGUAUUUUCUAAAACUCUAGUUGUGAUUUUAAUAUUUUCAUAAUUGUGCAGAUAUGAAUAAGCCUAAAUGAUAUAAUGUAGCCUUUGUAUAGUCUGUAUUGGUCUUACUAUGCAUGAGCUGAAGCUAUGGAAUGAUAAAGGGAAUCCGUAUGCAUUUUCAGCGUUGCUUUGUGACCCUGAGUGUACUUGGAUGCCCUUGCUGAAAUGUUCCAUUUGAGCUGUGGUCCGAACUAAUCUGAGAUGAAAAAAAAAAAAAUUGACACAGCAACUGUGAAAUUUGGCCAUCGUGCAUUGAAUGUGAGCUGACCACUGCUCGUCCAUAUGAUCUGUGAUGUGCCCUGUUGUAUAUAACUGCAGCUGUAUAUAGAGAAGACUUGAGGCCUGCCUGCUCAGUUUGCUGUAUUUGUACAAACCCCUGUCAUCUCUGCGGUAGAUUUCGCAUUGCGUGCUCGGUUGAAGUAUUCGCUCUUUGCUGCUGAGUCUCAGGAAAACUGCCAACAGUAGCCAGACCUUCAUUUACCUAUAUCUCCUUUCUGCCCUAUUCGUAAGAAGAAGAAGAAGAAGAAGAAAACCACAAUAAGUCUCAUGACGGUCUUGAAGAGGCUUUCCUUAAAAAAAAUAAAAUUAUAAAAUACAAAAUGGCUUCAACCUUUUAGUAGGCUGAUUGUCAUUUUUAAUCAGGCGGAGAAAAGAUAGUAAAGUGGCCUGCCCUUCUUCUAAAGAAGGCUUUUUAAACAUUAUUUCCUGGAAAUCUAGGUAGAAGCUGUUACACAGUGUUUUAAGUGAUUUUCCACUUGAUGCAGAAUAGCUCUAAAUAAUCAAAUAAUUCAUUUGAAAAAGAAAUCCAGCCUACCCUGUUAUCUAAUAAGUAGGCUGUUAAACAUUAAGGAAAGCUGCGUAACAUGAAUUCCUUCCCGUACACGUCUCGCUGUGUAUGUUGGUCUUGAAUUUACUGAACUCUUUUUUUUUUUUUUUUCUUUUUCUUUUUUUUUCCCACCUAAUGAAAUUGUUUAUCAUGCAUGUAAAGA